CUUCGGUAACGUACACUAAGCUUGGCAUGCAGAAGGUGAAUUUAAUAUCUUGUUCAGUUUCUCUAACUAUUCACCUUUACUUUAAACCAAUCAUGCAUACACACACAUUCUUGUUUUACGUUUUUGUAUAAGAACAAAGAGAAACAAUUCUCUUCUCAGGGGAACCUACCUCAAAUGUCUCCGCCAUGAAACCACUUCAGAAAAACUUUUCAGAUAUGACCAUUUCUGGAGGCGUUACGGAAUCGACUAGCACACUUGAUCGGAACUCAUUGCCGAUUCCGGAUGAAGUGAUUGCUGAGAUAUUCUCGAGGUUGUCGUCGGAGUCCAUAGCGAGAUGUCGUUGCGUGUGCAAGCUCUGGUCGUCAAUACUUGCCCAUCAAGAUUUCACAGAGUCGUUCUUGACCAAAUCUCGUGCUCGCCCUCAGCUUCUUUUCGCCUGCGAUGCUUUCACAGGGACUUUCUUCUUCUCGUCAGCUCAGCCUGAAAAUCCAAAAGAGAACUCCUAUGUUGUAGCCUCCAAUCAUCUUGCUCGUUUCUCAAUUUCAGAUGAACUCUGUGGUUGUACCAAUGGCUUCUUUUUGUAUGUAUCUAAGAUGAUCUGGAUCCAGAACGAAUUUCAACUUUAUGUCCCAUUGAUGUGCAACCCCAGCACGGGACAGUUUUUAACCUUACCAAAGUUGAAGUCGGGGAAGAGUUGCGGAGUGGAAAACUAUCUUGGAUAUGAACCCAUUGCGAAUGAACUCAAGGUAUUUUCAAUGGAGUUGUCGCGUGUAAACGGUGUUUUAAUCUCAGUGGAGCAUCAAGUUCUGACAACAGAAGCCAAGAUAUUGUCAUGGAGGUGUGUCCAAUGUUGCAUACCACAUUAUGCUUCUCGUAAGUGGAUAUGCAUCAGUGGUGUUAUUUACUAUGCAGCUUCAUCCCACAGUUAUUCCUUGAUUUCCAUGGUAGCUUGUUUUGAUUUGAGGUCUGAGAAGCUCAGCUUUAUCAAAUUCAUGGAAACUUUCAGUAAAGAAAUGCAUCAUUCAGCUACAAUAGUAAACUACAACGGCAAGUUAGGUUUGCUUAUGUCGAGGGAUUAUGGUCUUGUUCAUCGAGCAAAUGCAAGUUUUGAGCUGUGGGUUCUUCAAGACGCUGCAAAACAUGAGUGGUCCAAGCUUGUCUUUGUAUUACCUCCUUUGUGGAAGGAUGUAGUUGUGGACACCAUGUGUAUCUCUGGAAUGGUUGGUACAAAUGAAAUCGUCUUCUCCCCGAUUUACCAAAGAGACCCUUUCUAUGUCAUCUACUACAAUGUCGAGAGUAAGACAAUCACAAAAAUUGGAAUCCAAGGAUUGGAAGCGUUUCAGGGUAAGAGUCUCAACAUCUAUCUCAACUACGUUGAGAAUGUGAAGCUUCUUUAAAAAAAAAUUAAGUGAGAUAAGUGUAGUAUUUGUUUUGUGUGUUUCUUUUUUAAGAAUCUUGAAUUAUAUUCUUCGAGUGUUUAUUCUUUGCGUGUUUAUCACAAGUCAAACCUUCCAAGUAAACGUUCAAACUUCAAAGUACCGAGUCAACUAAGCUACACGCACGCCAAAGUAGAUACAAUGUGAUGUCGCAUAUAUACUAAUCCCCCUCCUGCUGUGAGAGAAUGUGGUUGAAGAGGCCAAGUUAUACUGUUUUUUAGUGGCUGGUACCAACGAAAUCAUCUUGUCGCCAUUAUCCAUCUGGCAUUUUCUAUAUUUCCGACAACAACUUCUAGAGGCGAACUAUCAGAGGGGUGUUCAUCCAAGGAAUAUAUGCGUUUAAGCAUCGUAGAAUUCACCGCUAAGUACACCAUGUAGAGGUCGUCAAGCUAUACGAAAUGUUAAGGGAAUUCGAAACUUGUGAUUGUACAAGAAUCAUGGCUUCUUAGUUCAUCUUUCUUGGAUUUUUCUGGUUAGAUAAAAAGAGUAUAUGUGAAAAAAAAAAUUUGAGGAACAAAUAUUUCAAUAGAAGAGGGAUUUUUCUGGUUAGAUAAAUAGAUUUUACGAAAAUAUCACAAUCAAUUAUAAAGCAUGGAUAAGAAGAAAAAGGGUUUUAGAAAACUAACUUUUCUGUUUUAUUAUUUUGUCUUUUUAAAUAUCUAAAUAAGAAAAAAAAUUGUUUUAUGCGGAAACUUGUCACAAUUAACAAGCACUAUGUAAGGUAUAUAUAAUGAGAUGGAGAGCCUUGCCGUGGAAUCAAAUCCUUUGAUUUGUAUCUCAAGAUAAACCCUAAUUUCUUCACCGGAACUAGAAUAUGGCGGGCUGUGAAUCUCAGAUCUAUCACGAGCGUCAACGACUACAGUUUUGCCUCUUGCACUCCCUUAACAAUCUAUUUCAGGACAAGGACGCAUUCACGAGAGAAGGCUUGGACUCAAUCUCGGAGAAUCUCGGGACCGAUGAUCCUUGCCAAGAAACGUGGACGCCUCUCACUUUACUCCUCAAGCCUCACCACAACACGCUUACCGGGAACUACGACGUAAACGUGAUGAUUGCAGCUCUUGAAGGAAAAGGCAAGAGUGUUGAGUGGCAUGACAAGCGUUAUGGAGCUUACUCGAUUAAUCUUGGUGCAGAUACUCUAAUGGGUAUCGUGUUGAACGUUCCGGUCACGCGAUAUGUGGGACUUUGGAGAAGCAGGCGUUGGGUUGUGAUGAGAAAAAUCAAUGGAGUAUGGUAUAAUUUGGAUUGUGAUCUUACUGUGCCACAUCCGUUUACAAGCGAAGAUGAAGUCAAGGGGUUCUUGGAUCAAAAUCUGAGUUUAGGUGGAGAGAUUUUGUUAGUGAACAAUGCUUGAAGAUCAACUAUGUCAUGAGCUCGUGUCUUGUAGUUUAAAUUAUAUUUAGCCUGAUAGGCCAUGAAAUAAAAAUUGUUACCAUUAUAUUUUUACUUUUCCCAUGAGAAUGUCUUAACUGAAGUAUAUAUGAAUAGAUUAUCUAUUACACAAUACUUGUAAGAUUAUAUUUAUAUUUAAGAAUAAUUCUUCUUGAUAUUUCAUAUUCUUUUUUUUUUUUUUUUUGAACAACUCUUGAUAUUUCAUAUUCAUUUUUUCGAUUUUUCUAGAUAUGAAUAUUAUUCUAAGAAGUAGUUUAAAAACA